AUGUCGGCGGCCGCUGAUCCGAGCGCGCCGAACCUCAAUCUCUCACCCGAAGAGAAGCGCAUCUAUGGCCAGCUCUUCCGCCAGGCCGACACCGAUAGCGUGGGCGUCGUUACCGGCGAGAUAGCUGUCAAGUUUUUUGAAAAGACACGACUGGACUCGCGUAUCCUAGGAGAGAUAUGGCAGAUCGCCGACAAGGAGAACCGCGGCUUCCUCACUCCCGCUGGAUUUGGCGUUGUCCUUCGCCUCAUUGGCCAUGCUCAGGCUGGACGAGAGCCCACGCCAGAGCUGGCUCUCCAGCAAGGCCCAAUCCCCCGCUUCGAAGGCAUCUGGCCGGCCACUUCCCCAUCGCAGACGCCUAUCCAACCCCAAGUCUCCGGUGGCAUUCGAGUUCCUCCCUUGACUCCUGACAAGGUUGCCCAGUAUGCGGCCCUGUUUGAGCGUCAAAACUUGCAGGCGAACAUGCUGCCGGGCGAGCAAGCCAGAUCCAUCUUCGACAAGUCCGGCCUUCCCAACGAGAUGCUUGGCAGGAUAUGGGGGCUGGCCGAUACCGAACAGCGCGGUGCUCUAGCCCUGCCCGAAUUCGUCAUCGCCAUGCAUCUCCUUACGUCCGUCAAGACCGGUGCUCUUCGCGCACUGCCUAAUGUUCUACCUGCUGGCCUAUAUGAGGCGGCCACGCGCAGCGCAGCAGCUCCUCGACAGUCUCCAAGCAACACCGGCGGUAUCACUGCCAUCCCAAGACAGCUGAGUGGUUCCGCCCAGCAGCAGAGGACAGGAAGCCCGCUCAACCGCCCUCCGAUCGUCGCCGCUCAGGCUACCGGUGCCUCUUCGAACAACGACUGGGCCAUUACUCCGGCCGACAAGGCAAGAUUUGACCAGAUCUACCUCGAUUUCGAUAAGACAAACAAGGGAUACAUCACAGGCGAGGAGGCUGUACCUUUCCUCAGCCAGUCCAAUCUGCCCGAGGACACCCUCGCUCAGAUUUGGGACCUAGCGGACUUUGGUUCUCAGGGACGACUGACCCGCGAUGGAUUUGCGGUUGCCAUGUACUUGAUCCGCCAGCAGCGUAGCAAUCGGUCGAUUCCUCUGCCCGCCACUCUGCCUACGAGCCUCAUCCCGCCGCACUUGCGAACCCAGAGCCGUCCUGCUACCGCAGUUUCAUCAGCCUUUGAUGUAACUCCGGCUCCCACUCAAACUGUGCCAGCGCCAGCCCCACCAGCACCCAAAUCUGCUCUUGACGAUUUGUUUGGCCUCGAUUCCUCAACUCCUAGCCCGGCCCCCGCCCCGGCGCAGACAACAAUGUCUACCGGAGGAUCAAAUGCUGAUCCAUUUGCCGGUGGUACCAGCGUUCUCCACACUACAUCCUCGCCUGCUAAGCCCUCAUCCCCGGUAGGCACGACGUUUAGGCCGUUUGUGCCAUCUUCCUCCUUUGGCCGUGGCUUGGCUGUACACCCUGGAGCUGAGCAGGCGCGGCCACACACUGCCUCUGCCGCAGAGGACCUCCUAGGUGACACCGAUGAGGCAAAUAAGAACAUCUCCGACGAGACGACUGAGCUUGCCAAUCUAUCAAAUCAGAUUGGUUCUCUGACGAAGCAGACGCAAGAAGUUCAGACUAAGAGGAAUACGACUCAGCAUGAGCUGAGCCAGACUAACUCUCAAAAGCAAAACUUUGAACAGCGAUUGGCACAGCUGCGACAACUAUAUGAGAAAGAGGCUCAAGAUACCCAUGCCCUCGAAGAGAAGCUGAGACACUCGCGAGCCGAUACUAAGAAGUUGCAGGGAGAAUGUAUGACUCUAGAAGGACAGCUACGAGACAUUCAGACCCAGCACCAGCAGGUUUCGGCUGCUCUCCAGGCUGACCAGCAGGAGAAUGCCAGCUUGAGAGAGCGCAUCCGUGUGGCGAAUGCCGAAAUUGCGGAGCUCAAGCCUCAGAUUGAGAAGCUCAAGCUCGAUGCCAGACAGCAGAAGGGCCUCGUUGCCAUUAACAAGAAGCAGUUAUCUACUACAGAAGGAGAGCGCGACAAGCUCAAGGGCGAAGCCGACUCCCUAGCCAAGAACGCUGAGGACAUCUCUCGCCAGAUAGAGACGGGCUCCCCCGUGUCUACCUCAGCCCAGAUGGCCAGCCCGGCACUUUCGGCAUCCAGCGCUAACAACCCCUUCUUCAAACGCUCCGCCAGUACAGAUAUCAUGGGCGUGUUUGGACCGCCACCCCCGAGCAGGGCCUUUUCCGACAGGUCCUUUGACGAUUUGUUUGGCCCCGCCGGCCCUGUCAGCUCCAGCGGCACUCCCCCGCCAGUUGCAGCAUUCAAACAGCAAAACACGGGGCAGUCAUCAGUUAGUGUUGGAUCUUUUUCUAAUAACUCAGGGCCGACUCCCAAUGUUAGCCGCGUCCCAACGCUGAGUGCUGAACCUCCUGCUCCGCCAGAGUCCCGACAAAUAAGCUCGAGCUUCUUGCCGUUCCCCGAGCCCAACGAGUCACUGUCUUCGUCACGACAAGUGUCUCCCCCUACCUCCGCACGUGCCGAGGGCUCGGUGUCCGGCUCAUUUCCCUUCGGCGGUGUGAUUCCGAGCGCUGCAGAGCCCAAGGCUCCUGCGGCUGCUGAAGAGGAGGAGAAGCACGAUAGCACCAGCGCGACUCCCGUUCCGGCCGCUCAUGGCGAUAGCUCUCAGAAGCCAGCGGAGGGGGAAGCCCAAGAACGAACCGGCUCUUUUGACAAUACUGACCAUGCUAAGGCCAAGGCAGACUUUGACAAUGCAUUUGCCGCCUUUACCUCAGCCAAAGCACCUGGCAGCACAGACAAGGGCGCUGCUGUAAAGCCCCAGAACGCAUUCGACUCGGAAUUCCCGCCCAUUUCAGAACUUGAGCGGGAAAUAGAUGAGUCGGAUAGCGAGAGAGGCUUUGACGACGACUUUGCUCCCGCAUCACCAGAAAACAAGGCCAAGGAGAAGCAGGUCGCUCAGGAGCCAACUCCAGAGUCUAAUAAACCAGCUGCCGAAGCCCCCGAUACCACCGCUCCUUUGUCUCAACCCCAAGAAUUAACAGCCUCCCAUGUCGAAUCCGAAACUAAAAGUCCUGAACUAGCUUCUUCUCCCGCCACAAUCACCAACAACCAUUUGACUACCUCUCAGGUCUCUAAUGCUGAUGACAUCUUCGGCUCAACAACGCUUCCAGCAACUAGCCAGGCUUCGGCCGGCAAGGGCGCCUUUGAUGACCUCGAUGACGAUUUCGAGGGACUAGAAGAUGCCAAGGAAGGCUCUGCAGAUGAUGACUUUGCCAAUAUCUCUCGCUCUGGACUGGAUGACUACAACCCCAUGUUUGACAGCAGCCCCCCAGCUAGCCAAGCCAAGAGUGAGUCCACAGCCUUUGGCAAUGAGAGCAGCUUUGACUUCAUCUCAUCCAACUCAGCCGCCAGCGCCCCAGGCCAAUCUAGCAAUGGACAGCAGAAGGGAGCAGAGUCUCAUGACUGGGACGCCAUCUUCUCCGGCCUAGACUCGCCCAGUGCUGCUGCAGCACAGCCUGUACAGAGCAACAACACUGGCCCAGCGCAAGAAGAGAAUGCCGAGUCCCGCCCCCCUGCACCGGGACGGGCCCUCACAGAGGCGGGAGAGCACGAUGACCCUAUUCUGAAGAAUCUUACCAGCAUGGGAUACUCUCGCCCUGACGCCCUUGCCGCCCUGGAGCAGUAUGACUACAACUUGGAAAGAGCCGCGAACUUUCUUGCCAGCCAAUCUUAA